GUAUUCGCCUUUUAGAGAGCUCUGUAUUAUUCCUCCAUGAAGACAGAUUCAGUAAAUGCGGAUCACUCUCGCAUUUAAUCUCAAAUGACGACUGAAUUGGUGUAUAGCAUCAACACUAUGGAGGCGUCUUCAAGUACACAAGUUGAUGGCCCAACUUGUACAUCGCGUGCAUGGAGAAAGCGCAGGCACACGGAGGAUUCUGGUGGACAAGUGAAAAAGAAGAAAGUGGAAAAUGUUCUUAGUGACAAAGAACUGUGUCAGCUUGCCGGAAAAAUAGGCGACGAUUGGACGGCCUUGGCUUUCCAUCUUGAUUUUAGCAAGGCUGAAAUCGAAAAAAUGAAGGCCGAUAAGACGACCAUAAAUUUUGCGAUUACUUGCAUGCUUAUUGAUUGGAGAAACAGAACAGAAAUCCCUGGGAUUAGAAGUAAGCUGGCAAACCAUUUAACAAGCAUUGGCAGAAAUGACUUGGCAGGAGAAGUUAUUGAUAUGGAAGAGUCACAGACGCACGGUCAACGACAACACCGUGUCGACCUGGCAUAUACCAGUAUGCUCACAGAUAUAGAAGACGGACUCAAUCCAACUUCAUUAAAAAAAAUUAAGCGACUUUUGAGAGCUCCAAAGACUUUUGAAGAUGGUCAAAGCCUCACCCAAUAUCUGGAAGAAAAGCAUGGACUUCGUAGGACCAAUGUCUGCAUCCUACAAUCUCUACUGUUUUAUCUUAAAUUGAAGGCACUUUCAAAGAUUGUAGAGGAUUUUGGAAGGAAGAACCAUUAUGUAGUGUUUUUGUAUGAGGAUAAGCCGAUGCAAGGUAACGGUAAUACAUGUGUAAAGUUUAAACUGAAGUGCAGUCCAUCUCAGCUAAGUCCAGACGAACUCUCCGAGUUACUCAAGGAAAUCCGAGAAUUUUUGCACAUGGAUGUUGAUUGUGUGGUCAGUGCUAUUACUGAAGGAUGCACAUGCCUCAAUUUGGAUAUUCCGAAUGAGUAUAUCCCAGCUAUAAGGAACGCAGCACUUGCGAAAUCUGCGGCAUUAACAGACCUUGGAAUUUUUAAAGUUAUUAUUAAUGAAGAAUAUUUGCCUGACUUAUGUCAUUAUGUUGAGGAAGAACCUCAAAUGAUGUUACUACCUGUUCGUAAUAAUGAAGUUUCAGAGCAGUUCUAUCACUUGGCUGAGGAAUUUAAAGACAAGUGGUUUGAGGUCGGAACCAAACUCAAGGUCCCAACAAAUGAGCUCCAAAAAAUAAAGAAAGAGCAAGCUGACGAUAAUAAAAGAGCAUAUGAGAUGCUGCUUGCUUGGCGAGAAAGUUGGAAUAAAAAUGCAGACUAUUCAGAAAUGUUAGAGUUCGCAAAAUCACUAUAUAAUAAUUGUCAGAGGUGUCAUAGUCCAUACGGAGCAUGUUCCAGCCCUGGGAUACACACAUGUGCAAGUCCUGCAAGUUCAAUUGUACCACCACGAGGAGCUGUUGUUAAGGUAGCAUUGAGGAAUGUACUUACUGCAAAGUAUAAAGAACUCAAACAUCUUGACCCAAAUGUUGGAAAUCCUAUCCCCCAUAGUCUUGAGGAUAACUACAUUGAAAUUGAGCUAAAGCAAAAACAAGACAAACGACCUCUCAAAUUAAGUGCUAUUGUGGAAAAUGGCAAAGAAAUAAGAAAGGUGCUAAUUGAAGGAAGAACAGGUUAUGGCAAAACAACGUUUUGCAAAAAAAUUGUUCAUGAUUGGGCGACAUCGAGUGAUGUUGUGUUUGGUAAUAAGAUACCGCUCUUUGUUAAAGUCCACGAAAUUACAUUAGAUCAAAUUAUUCCUGCUUGUCAGGGAGGCAUUCUAAGACAAGCACUUUUUCCUAGGUUAGUGCCGUUAAUACUAGGUAAUCUCACUCAUGAUGAAAUAUGGCUAUUUAUUCAGUCAAACUCAAGUGAAUUUGUUUUUUUAAUUGAUGGGUGGGAAGAUGCAUCAGAUGAAUUGUUGGAAGCCUUGAUUGAGCUUCUUAAAGGUGACUAUCUUCCAUAUAGUACUAUAAUUGUAACAUCCAGGUCAGGGAAUCUUGGAAAUGACAUACACUUUGAUUCUCAUUUGAUUUUGGAAGGAUUUUCUGAAGUUCAAAUUCAAGAAUGCGUCAACAAUACAUUUAAGAAUAAACUAGGUGAUGGGGAUUUGUUUUUGAAAGAGAUCAAGAGAGCCAAUUUAAUAGAAUUCAUGGAGUGUCCACUGUUUGCCGUACUACUGAGCCUUAUGUGGCAAGAAUCAUCGUACCGUAGAAUUCAUGGAGGCUUACCAUCAACAUGGACAGACUUGUUGAAACAUUUUUGCAUGUUCCUAAUAAGGCGUCAUGAGAGAAAAGAAAAAGGAAGAAAGUCAGGUUACUUUGACACAUUCCAUGACAUACCUCCAUUAUAUCUUAACAUCAUGGCAAACAUUGGUAAAGUAGCAUCAGAGGCCCUGAAAAAGAACUCACUAAUGCUUCAACUAAGCCUCGAAGAUGGAACUGUCGCAGAGAGUAUUGGCUUGAUUAUUAAAUCAAGUAUUGUGACGCCACUCAAAGUAAUCCCAUCAUAUGUGACAAUUCACAGAAUCAUGUUGGAAUUCCUGGCAGCUUUUUAUUUGAAGAGUAUUUCUGAGCCGUACCCGACUGAGCUGCUGAUGUCAAAAAAUAUGAAGAUGGUGACUGUGUUCUUAGUGGGUCUCUUGAAUGCAGAAUACAAAGCUUCUGCCCUGUUGAAAACAUUCGUGGAUGAAAAUAUUCAAAAUUAUGAGCUUGCAACAGGCUGCUUAAAAGAGUGUACAAACAAGCAGAAAGUAUUGAAGGAACUUGGUGAAAUAGUUUCUAAACAUACGUAUUUGGAUUUAGGCUUCAUGGGUACGGAGAGUGGUGAAGUUUUGAAGCAUUUGUAUUCCAUGUUGCACCGGACAAAGCCAUUGAUUAUGAAGAUUGAGGCGUCAGAGGUGUUUUUUAGAGAUGACCACUCAUCAGUGAUGUUUGCAAGGCUUUUGAAAUGCUUUCCUGAUUUGAUUGCUAUUAGUCUUCCAAGGUACAUGCUGCCAUCUCAGCUCUGCUCAUUUGUCAAUGAAUUGACGACCGGAUCUAACGAACAAAGAUGUACCUCACUGGAGAAGAUAUCGUUAGUGUCUGAUAUUGAAAGUGCUGAAUGUUCUAUGAAUGUUGUCCAGUUACUGACAUUGUUUCCAAAUUUAAAUGAGCUUGUGCUUCAGGUCAGGAUGAAUACAGAUGCUUCCUCCAAGUUUCUUACUGAAGUCACCAAAAGACGUAACUUUUUGAAAAAAAUCAAAGUACUGGACUUCAGUCAUUUGACUAUAAGUGGAGAAAAAGAUUGUGAAAACAUGGUAACCAUUUUCUCUCAGCUACCAAAAUUGCAAAGAAUGAUUAUACCACGCCGGGUUUUAGCAUAUCUUUACCCUAGAUACCACCAAUAUAUUCCUUCUGGAAAGUACAUUCUCCACAAAAUGCCGGUUCUACCAACAGUUAAAAUAUCUGUUUUUCUGCAAAUAGAUAUUGAUCAAUGUACUGAUAGUCCAAAGAGCUCAAUUGAAUUAUUUCACAAUAACCUUUCCAUACCUGAUAUGCACUCUGAAACUCUCUCUGUGCCAAAUUUACGUCCAGCCUCACCAUCGAUGAACACAUUAUACCUUAAAAUGUCCAAAAGCACUGUCUGUGAUGUCAUAGAAACCGCCAAAGGGUCCUUGGUACUGGCAUACUGGAAUAGUACUUUAGGUUAUGAAAGGUCCCUUAAUCAGAGUGAAAUAAUGAUGCUAUCUCCAUCUGCUGUUUAUUUGCACUCAUUUACAUCAGGGAAUGCUAAGGUAGUGGCUGAACUUGUUUCUAAAAUGAAGCCAAAGGAAGCUAUUCUUAGUGACUCAAGCUGUGCAUCUUUGGCAACUUUCUAUAAAGCCAGUCAUACGACUAUGGAUGGAAUUGUGGAUGCUGAUUUAAGAGAAUGUUCUGUAGUUGAGAAAGCUGCAGAAGCAAUUCUUGCGUUCCCCCAUCUUCAAACUGUUCAUAUGACAGAGAAAAUGAAUCCUGUGAGCUUCCUUCAGGAGUUAAACGAUUUUGAAAUGAGUCUGGCAUUGAAUCGGAUCUAUCUAACUCUAAGUUUAGAAUCAACAUUUGAUGUUUUAAAAUCAAUAUCAAUUCAGUUUAUUGAGGUAAAAGUAUCUUCAUGUUCCAUCACACUGACUUCUCCAAACUUUAAAGGUAUUUCCAUAAUACUCGGAAAGGAUCCUACAACCUUGAUACAUUUGCCAUGGGUAAUAAUGAUACAAUUUGAAGGCGAUAAUUUAAAAUUUUUGAAAAAAAUGUUAUUACUGGUCGAGGAGUCACCUAAUUGUUUCAAGAAUUUGACAGACCUAAAAUUUGUGGAAGACGUUGUUGAUGAAAAAGCCAAUAAAAUAAUGAAUGACUUAAGAGAUCUUCUGAUCUAUUCAAGUGAUUAUAAAUUACAGACUAUCAAACCUCUAAGAAAUCAACAUGGUGAGAAAAUCAAAUCACGGAUUAAUUCAAACACCCAAAUACGUAAAUACUUAGCUAUUGCACAUAAUUAG